UUUUUCUAUUUAGCCUCUUCCCGCUUCUUCUGGUUACCAUAUCAAGUCUUCCUCCACAAGCUUCUUUACCAUUUCGCUGCCGGUGAAUAGUAAAACCGUUCUCUUCAAAUGAUGGAAGCCACUUACCCAUCGCCAAUGUUUCGCGGUGUUCGUUUCGUUCUCCGUGGCUUCAAUCCCGUCGCCCAAAACCAGAUCCGGUUCAAGCUUGCCAAUGGCGGUGGAGUCGACGUAGGACAGUACGGCGGGAGUUGCACGCAUGUCAUUGUCGAUAACGUUGCUUAUGACGAUCCUGUGUGUGUUGCUGCCAGAAAUGAUCGGAAGACGGUUGUCACUGCAUUGUGGGUUGAACACAGUGCUGAUAUUGGAAUGCCUGUUGAUGCUACUUCGGUUAUGUACAGACCUCGUAAAGACUUAGAUGGAAUACCAGGUGCAAAAGAUUUGAUAAUGUGCUUGACUGGUUAUCUACGCCAGGAUCGGGAUGACAUUAUGACAAUGGUUGGCCUAAUGGGUGCACAGUUUUCUAAGCCUUUGGUGGCAAACAAGGUUACUCAUCUCAUAUGCUACAAAUUUGAAGGAGAGAAGUAUGAGCUUGCCAAGAAAUUGGGCACAAUAAAGUUAGUUAAUCAUCGUUGGUUGGAAGAUUGCUUGAAGGAAUGGGUGCUUCUUCCCGAAGACAAUUAUAACAAGAGUGGUUUUGAACUAGAGGUGAUGGAGGAAGAGGCUAAGGAUUCUGAGCAAGAGGCUGAAGAUUCUAAGCUGGGACAAUCAGGGGGAAGAAAAAGAAAACAAAGCCCCCUUAGUUCGAAAAUUGGUAUAGCUGCUACUCCUGGAUUGUCGAAAUCAGCAACAGAGGCAUCAAACGCCUUACCAGAUUCUACUGGUCCACAGGUCUUGCCAAAUGUCAAUAAUGGUGAAAACUCUUUAACCGUUCCAGGAAAUAAGAGCAGACCUGAUCAAGGCUCGAGCUUUCAUAAUGUUGAUGACUCAAAGGUAAGCUAUCAGGCUGCUGAUAUUUCUAGACAUUCUACAUCAUGUCAGUUACCUAACAAAUAUGUAAAGACCAGUGAGUCUAAGAAUGCUGAUUCUCCAAAGGCACCUGGCUGCCAGGAUCUUGGCAAUAUGGGAAAUACAAAUUCAUCUGAUCAGCAGCCUGAUCUGAAUUGCGACAUCUCAGAGUCUAAGAAGGUGGCAAGUGAUUUGAGAGAAACUUCUGCAAGUGCUGCUGGAGUUGCACAUUCAAAUGAAAAUCUUAGAACUGCAAGUUAUUCUAGGAAGAACCAAAAAGGAUUUACUCUUCCAAGGAUCUUAGAUGAAAGCUCAGGUAGAGAAGGCAACAACUGUGAUAACAGUAAGGUUCAAAAGGCCAGUGAGGGUGUCAAAUCUACCAGUGUUGAAGUUUCUGGGAAAGGAAAUGAUUUUGUUAAAGAAGAUGAGCCAAUUAGUUUAUUGCCUCAAAAGAGGAUAAACAAAGCUUCUUUUACUAAAUUAAAAUCAAGAAAGAAGACUUCAGUCCCAUCAGCAAAUGGUAAAUCUCAAGGAUUAAAAGUGACAUCUCAGGUAGAUGAGCCACCUGAAGCUGAUGACUACUUUUCUAUAGGUAAAGAUGGUAUAAAUAACUCAAACACUUGCUUAGUUUCGAAACCUUCAGGUUCUACCUCCAACUCACUGGCAUUUGAUGAGCUUCUUUCAAGAAAUGCCAGCCCAGAAUCUGUUCAGUGUGAUAAUGUCUGUCAGAAUUCAUCAAAAACGGCUGUUCAGAGCUUAAGUGAGUCUAAAAUUAAUGGCAAACCUGAUAUCACAGGUUCUGGAAUGCAACAAGUUGGUGGUAAUGAAGCAGAGCAACAUACUGUCACUAAAAAUCUUGAUUGUUCAUCUCUGGGAAACAAAAAAUCAUGUAAUGUGGAAUCUGCUGGUUGUACUAAAUUGGAUUUAGGCACUGAAGAAAGUAAUAAACUGGUUAGCAAAUCACCCCGAAAGAAGUCGGUUGCCAAGAGAAGUUUGGGUUCUAAACCUAAAGUAGGUGCCACUGCUAAACAGAAAAAAUCACUUUCCCUGACUAAAACUACCCUGCAAGGUGAAGGUGAAACUUUUUCCAGUGGAAGCAAAGAGGUUGCAACUGGUGAUGCGAGGAUGCAUCAGGGAUGCCCCCAAAUCUUUGAUGUUAAUAAAACAACAGAGCAAGAAACAGUUAGUAAAAAUGCUGGUGACAGAACUGAGUUUUUGGACGAUGAAACUGAGGCUCCAGAUGACAAAUGUGAAUAUGAGUUAGGAAUGGCCCUUGACGAAGACUUGGUUCAUCUUUCAAAAAAGCCAGAUACAGCAAAAGAAGAGAAGUCAGAAGCAACUUACCCUGCAACAAAAUGUGAAGAGGCAAUGCCUCCUAAGAAUGGCACAAAUAAAACUGAAAAACAGAAAACAUCUUCACUGGCAGUAAAGCAUCAAGCUAGAAAACUUCCUGCUGGUAAAGUCAAGGCCACAGUUAGUAAAUAUGCAGAAGAUGAUGGUGACAGAACUGAGCUUGUGGGGGAUGAAACCGAGGCUCCAGAUGGCAAAUGUGAACCCGAGUUACGAAUGGCACUCGAUGAAGAAUCUCAUCUUUCAAAAAAAUCAGAUACAGCAACAGAAGAGAAGUCGGAAGUAAUUUGCCCUGAAACAAAAUGUGAAGAGCCAAUGCCUCCUAAGAAAGGCACAAAAAAAACUGAAAAACAGAAGCCAUCUUCACUGGUAGUAAAGAAUCAAGCAAGAAAACGUCCUGCUGGUAAAACCAAGGCCAAAGUUGCCAAGGAAUUACCAAAAUCUAUGGCAGUAUCUGGGGAGAAGAUUCGUAAUGAGACCGAGCAUGAGCCAGAGAUAGAAACCAUGGAAGAAAUGCCCCUUCCUGAUGAUAAAAGUGACCAGCCAGCCAUUCAAAGAAAUAAGUCAGAGAAUUUUGCUGAAGAGAAGGAGAAUAGGCCAAUUGAUGGAGAGCAGGGCAGAAGCAAUGGCAGUUCAACUAUUAAAUCUAGUGUAAGGACAGCAAAGAUCAAGUCUAAGAAAUCGGGGCUCAAUCCAUCUAUAACAGAAUCUAACACGAGAGUGAAAACUGAAGCCGCAUGUUUUAUAUUAAGUGGGCAUCGUCUACAGAGAAAAGAGUUUCAACAAGUAAUCAAGCGAUUAAAAGGAAGGGUUUGCCGGGAUUCUCACCAGUGGUCAUAUCAGGCGACACACUUCAUAGCUCCAGACCCCAUACGCAGGACUGAGAAAUUUUUUGCUGCUGCUGCAUCAGGAAGGUGGAUUCUAAAAACUGAUUUCCUAACUGCCAGUAGCCAGGCAGGAAAAUUGUUGGCAGAGGAGCCUUAUGAGUGGCACCAGAAUGGUCUCAGUGAGGAUGGCACAAUUAAUAUGGAGGCUCCAAGAAAGUGGCGGCUGUUAAAAGAAAGAACAGGUCAUGGAGCCUUCUAUGGAAUGCGUAUUGUUGUAUACGGCGAUUGCAUUGCCCCACCUUUGGAUACUCUGAAACGUGUCAUUAAAGCUGGAGAUGGAACAAUAUUAGCAACUUCUCCUCCUUAUACUCGCUUCCUUAGUACAGGAAUCGACUAUGCUGUAGUUAGCCCUGGCAUGCCACGUGUUGACAUGUGGGUGCAAGAGUUCUUAAAACAUGAGAUACCUUGUGUUGUAGCGGACUACUUGGUUGAGUAUGUUUGCAAGCCCGGGUUCUCCCUUGAGAGACAUGUAUUAUAUGGCACUCAUGCUUGGGCAGAGAGAUCAUUUGAUAAACUUAAAAGCAAGGCAGAAGAGAUUGUUGAAGAACUCGUUGCUCCUGAGGAUUCUGGUGAUGAUCAUGAUCAUGAUAUAAUUUGCAAAGUAUGUGGAUCCCGCGAUAGAGGAGAUGUAAUGCUGAUUUGUGGUGAUGAAAGUGGUUCCGUCGGAUGUGGAAUCGGUACUCAUAUCGAUUGCUGCGAUCCUCCUCUAACACAUGUACCUGAGGAAGAUUGGUUUUGCCCAAAAUGCAGUAGCAACCGAAACUGCUCAAACAAUCCCAGUAAAAGGAAAAAGACUGUUUUAUCUUCAUCAGUGUAUGUGAGGUGAUAUUCCUUCCCCCUUUUGAGUCAGUCAUCGUUUCAAUUAGAUAACACCUGAAUUGUGCCAACAAUUUAUCCCUGGUCCCUAGAGUAAAGUUGUCAUAAUAGUUAUGUACAAUCCUUGGUAAUUAACAAAAUAAUGCUGAUUUCAAACAUGUUUUGGUCACGUUAUGUAUGGACUCAGCGGUGAAAUGGCAAAAGGUUUCUAAACUGGGAGAUAUAAGGUUUGUUCACACUAAGUUGGACGGACGAUAAUGUUAAAAAAAAAAACAGAAGCAAUAUUAUUAUGAGUGGACGGACGAUAAUCUUAAAAUAAAAAAAGAA